UAAAAUGGACGCUUCACACUGGGUCGUAGCAUUCCUUUUUUUCACCGCACUGCAUGAAACGGAACAACGCCCUAUCGUUGAAGAUACUGCUCCUUUUUCUAAUGACUUCCCAGGUGGCCAUUUUGCAGAUGAGUUUCUAACGGAUGUACCCGCACGGAACCCGGAUGACACAUCGAUAACGGCGCCAGAGGCAGUGGUGCAGCCCUCCGGCGCCUUACGCUUGGUGGAGAAGUAUGACACCCCGACACUACAGCUGCCGGGCUACGCCAACGUCACCGCCAGAAGAAGCGUCGAAAACGCGUCUUGGCCAGCCUCAGCAACAACUAAUCGAUAUGAAAUUGAUAAACGUGAACACUCUUCUAGAUAUCUAUUUAUCCGCAAAGUAACUUGCGGCAUUAUCGUAUGUGCCCUGUGCGUCUUUCUAUUCUUCCACUUAGUAAGAGGGAUGAAAUACUUACUGCGCUAUAUACAACAGAACCGCUCCGGGCUUAAUCGCGAACUACAACCACGUCCACUGAAAUUUCAGGACCUGCUUGCAAGAGAUACCCAGAAUCUGUACUACUUCGGGCCAUAA